AUGGCGAUGGCGUGGCAGCUCCAGGAGCAGGAAGAAGCUCGGCGUCUGCGCGCUCUGUUGCAGCAACAGCAGCAGGAGGAAGAAGAAACACGGACACUGCGUGUGGGGUUGCGUCAGCAUGGCGCUCCGCGCUGGGAGGACGUGCGCACAGACGCCAGCUUCGUAGAGCGUAGUCGUCGUCGCAAACCCGGCGCUAUGAAGGCCCAGGAGCGAUAUUUACGACGCGAUAUACACUGCGGUGUGGCCUCCUGUUCUGCGUGUCGUCAAGCGCGUGCGUUGGUGCCGCCUCACGUGCUACCGAGGGUCCACAACGGCGAGUACGUGGUACCCGAUGCUUUCAGUCUGCUUCAAUGCAUGGAGCUCCUAGAGGAGGAGGCGCUCUUCUGCCGCGCAGCACCACGUCUACUGGUACUGGAAAGUGUACUCCAAGCAGCGUUGAGACUGGCGCCAAGUCGUGACGCGUCGAGACUCAGGAAGUUCUUCCGAGGGGAAGACCAGCGCACAGGAGGAGGAGUCAGUGUCUUUUUGUUCCCCGAUCAACACCAUAUUGAUACUUUCGUCGAGCCGACAGCUAUGGACGAGCUGCAAGCAGUGAGAGACGAUCGAGCAGUGUUGAAAGCGGUGGAGUGGUAUGUUACACAAGGACAUUUACCACCUCAAGCCAAGGUGGUGUUCAUGACGAGAGAUGUCGAUGCAUCAGUGAGUAUACAACUUGCUGCAGUGGUGAAUGCUCAAGCAGUGACAUGUGAGACCUUCUUGAUGAAGAGACUGCCGCAACACUCGGAGAAUACGGCGUUCUUACUGGAACUAGCAGCUAACACAGCAGAGGCGGUAAGGUAUGAGGAAUCUCAGCGACUUCCAGACGAGAACGGCAAUGUAAUUGGCUCUCAGUCUGAGUUUGUACCACAUUUGAAGCCUGCGCAGCUGGAGGAGGCGCUAGCACAGCAAUCUUCUCGGUUUUUGGCUGGUAAACUUGAAGUGAGUACGCAUAAUCCGAUGGAGGCCUAUGUACUGGUUGAAGGGCCUCAAGCAGUCGAGAAAGUGUUCGUAUUUGGGCGAGCAGCGAUGAAUCGUGGCGUCCAUGGAGAUCGCGUGGCCGUAGAGAUGCUUCCUAAGGCUCAUUGGCGUGCACCACAGAGUGACAGACUGCUGGUUCACUACACACAAGACGAAGAACGCGAGCACGAGUCUGAGAGCGUAGAUGAAACGGACGAGCAAGAGCCUGGAGCUAUUCCAACGGGUCAAGUUGUGGGCAUUCUCAGUCGGUCACCGAGGUAUCACGUGGCUACAGUCAUUGCUUCUACUGUUAACGCAGGAGACGACUACGCACUGGCUGUUCCAAUGGAUCAACGAUUGCCCAAGGUCCGCAUUCGCUCUCAGCGUCUGGAUGCGCUACUGGACAAGCGUCUUAAAGUCGUGAUUGACAGCUGGGCUUCUGAUAGCUCCUACCCUAAUGGACACUACGUUGGUAUUCUCGGCGCUCCUGGAAGUUUACAGACGGAACUGAGCGCGUUACUGGUGGACAAUGAAGUGGAGGAGGCACCAUUCAGUGAAGCAGCACUCGCCUGCCUCCCAUCUAGUGAUGAAUGUCCCAUCGAUAUCGAAGGCGACUGUGUGGCUGAGUGUUCGACAGCGAAACGACCCACUCGGUGUGGGCUAUUGAACUGGAAUAUCCCAGAGGAGGAAGUCCCACGACGUCGUGAUCUGCGUAAAACCCACCGCAUCUUCAGUGUCGAUCCUCACGGUUGUCAGGAUAUCGACGAUGCCAUGUCGAUUCGUCGCUUGCCUAACGGGAAUGUAGAGCUGGGUGUGCAUAUCGCAGACGUCUCCUACUUCGUUGAGCACGGCUCGGCAUUGGAUCUUGAAGGCAGACGUCGAGGGACGACGGUGUACUUGGUGGGUCAGCGCCUUGAUAUGCUGCCAUCUGUACUGAGUGCCGACCUGUGCUCUCUUCACGAGAACCGAGAUCGCUUUGCAGUGAGUGUCAUGUGGGAGUUGAAUGGAGAGACGUACGAUGUCGUGGAAGGCUCAACGUGGUUUGGUCGGACUAUUAUUCGCAACUGCUCGUCGAUGACUUAUGAACAAGCGCAUCGCUUGUUACAGGGUGUUAAUGCUGAUGUUGACGACGCACCAAGACUUGGCUUAGCGAGAUCGCAGCCUCAUAAGGACGUACAUGCCGAGGGUGUAGCGGGUGGACGUAUUCCACUGAGACUUCAACAGGAAAUUCGCGAAGACCUUCGUAUUAUUACCGAUGUGGGUCGUCGACUUAGCCGUACGCGUGGCUCUCAAGGUGGCUUGGAUCUGUCGAAGCAAGAGGAGGUUCGCUUUUCUCUAAAUGUCUCGGAGUUGGGUAAAGAAGACGUGGAAAUUACAGUGAAGGAGAGUCUGGAGAUCCACGGUACCAUCGCUGAGCUGAUGAUCUUUGCGAACUCGACAGUAGCUCGCAGACUUGUGGAGCGAUUCCCGACCCACGCGCUGCUGCGUCGUCAUCCACCGCCAUCUGGAGAUCGAUUCACACAGCUCGUUCAGCUCGCCAAAGCACGUGACGUUGUCAUUGACGCUACCAACAACUUCACUCUGCAGCAAUCCCUCGCAGCAGCGGAACGUUCGGGACGUAUGGACAGCAAAACAAUGUCACUAUUGAAAUCUCUCGCUGUGCGUGUAAUGACCGAGGCUGAGUAUGUGAGUUCAGGAGCAGUCGCAGCAGGAGAUGCAGCAACGGCGAAUGGCGACGCCACUCGAUUUGCACACUACGGUCUGGGUCUGCAGUACUACACGCACUUUACGUCCCCAAUUCGUCGUUAUGCCGACGUCAUCGUGCAUCGCCAGCUUCUAGCUUCAAUUGUGGCUCCCAGUCCACUCCCAAAGUCAGUGCUGCAACAACCCGCAAGCAUUACUGCACCGUUGAUACUUCCCAAGACACUAGCCCCCUCUGUAUUGGAGACUGAAGAUGAAGACUUCCUGGAUGACCUUAUCUCGUCUGUCGACAGCCAGCUACAAGUAGAUACCGCUCCAGCUCAAGAUGUGACAGUUGAUGAAGCGAUAAUGGACGGAGAUAACCUGUUUCCACCUGAAGAAUUGGUGCCAUUGGCAAGACAUCUUAACAAGAAAAACCGCCAAGCCAAACUCGCAGCCCAUGCUUGUGACGCGCUGUUCCUGGCGCUGUACUUCAGCAGCCACACGGUGAAAGUUCCAGCAAUUAUUACUGCGCUUAAGCAGAAUGGCUUCAUCGUGUAUGUGCCCAAGUAUGACCUCCGUGCUCCAGUAUAUCUGCGCGAUAAGAGUGGCGUCGUUCAGAUGGAUCCGUUGCUGCUAGGUGUACGUAUCGUGGAUACUAAUCCAGCUACUGGCGCCUUCGCUGGUGCUGAGUGCAUUCGUCGAAUCCAUCAGGCUCAACUUAUCUGGGACGAUACCGAUCGUGAGACUCUCCAAGUCGUAGCUCCUGAGGACAAACGCACAGUCUUCCACAUUCUGGACGAGGUAGAAGUCCAAGUAUCCUGUGAUCUCACAGCUUCCGGAGCUCGUAUACCGCAGCUCCAAUUGCUUCUGGUCGGCCGUGCAAGUUCUACGCGCAAAAAGCACAUUGCGUCUUCUCUAUCAGAACUCCAGCGUGUUGUCCAGACCAAGAGCGAUGCUGACAAUGACCCGAUCAGUAAGAAAGCGGACGUGUCAGAGCCCAGCACCGCUCAACAAUUCUCGUCAAGUCUGUACGAUCUGCUAUUAAAUGGUCCCAAUUUGUCUCCUUCAAAGAGUCUUGCACGACGGAAACCAGAAGAAGAAGGAAAGAAACCUGGAUUCAAGCGUCGAGGACCUGGACGUUUGGUCUUUGGACACUUCUCAACCAACUCGCGUCGUCACUACCAGCACAAACUGGCUCAAUACAUGGACGAACGCUCAGAAGCUCGUGAAGAGGAACUCAAGAUCCAGAGGUUUGCGAACGGUUCUGCAAUGACCACAGCACAAGAAGCUCGACGUGCUGAGCGUGAGGCGCUCUCUCGUACACAGAAACUUGCUGCCGAGAAGAGACACGACCGCAUUAAUCGUCGCAACAAGGUCAGCAAGUAA